AUGUAUUCAGGAUUUAUAAAAUUCAGUCAGAUAAAAUGCGCAGGGAAUCAUAUAUAUUUAGGUAAGUGGCAUGAUUUCAAUCAGUGGAAAUAUUUGGCACCUAAUAAUUUAUUAAAUAUUAUCUAUCCAGUAGAAAAAACAAAUAGUAUACAAAUAGGUAAAGAACAAAAUGAUAUCUUUAAUUAUUUAAACACAUCCUAUCAUGGAAAUAUUAUAACCAUUGAUGAUAUAAAUUCUAGUCAUUCUAAAAAUAAUAAAAAAAUUAAUUUAAGAGGUAGUGCUUUUCAUGGACCUGAAAGAACAGAUGUUUUUCGAUUAAUAUUAUAUAAUAGAUUAAAACAAAAACAACCACAAAGAAUUGUUCCAAGUAUUGAACAAAUGAAAGAUGCAAAUAAAUUAGAAGUAUCUAUUGUAUGGUUCUUAUGGUCAUUUGUUAUAUUCUAUUGUGGGAUGUGUAUGUUUGGAAGUAAUUACAUAAUUAAAAAUAAAUCAAAUUCAUUUCCAUGGAUGCCUAAAAGGACCGAUGGCUCCAGAGGGGAGGGUCCAAUGUUCUGGUUUCUUGAAUAA